CACAGCCUCAUCACUGAACAGGUCGAAGCAUGGAGCUCAGAGGAGUGUGUGUGCUGCUGGGAGUGCUGCUGCUCAUCAGCUGCUCGGUCCAGCAGAACCCAGUGAAGAGGAAACCGGUGAAGAAAGAAGCAACAAAGGAUGCUGCCAUCGAGGAUCUACAGAAACAAAUCAACGACAUCGUCCAGGAGCUCAAUCUGCUGAAGGAGCAGCAGGCCCUGCAAACAGUCUGCUUAAAGGGCAUAAAGAUCCACAGCAAGUGUUUCAUGGCUGACCCUCUCAAGAAACGCUACCACACGGCCAGCGAGGACUGCAACUCGAUGGGCGGAGUCCUCGCCGUGCCCACGUCCAGCAACGAGAACGACCAGCUCAGAGACUACAUCCGCCAGAUCAUCGGCCCGGACGAGCAGAUCUGGCUAGGCAUCAACGACAUGAUGACGGAGAGCACCUGGGUGGACUGGACCGGCUCCAGCGUCGCGUACAAAAACUGGGACACGUCCAACUACCGGUCCCCCCAGCCGGACGGCGGCAUGUCCCAGAACUGCGCCGUCCUGUCCGGGGCCGCCAGAGGGAAGUGGUUGGACGAGAACUGCCGUGAGGAGAAGGCCUCGGUCUGCCAGUUCAACAUCGUGUGAUUGGCCUCGGCAUGGACUCUGGUUCCAGCUGCUUUUUGUGUGUACUCCUGCUGCUACGCCUGCUACGCUAACGGGAGUUUAAGCCAGUGGUUCACGACUGGUUUUGCAUCGAGUCCAGAGUCGGAUCUAGAAGUUUCACUCAGUUGCAUAAGAAGUGUUUAUUUUUGACAAAAAUGAUCUGCUGGUGUAUCAUUUGCAGCAUUCCUUGUGGCCACAAUAAAACCAUGAAGAACACAGUAUAGUCUAGAAUAAGUGAGAUUGUGGGACGAUCCAAAGAAAUCACAGACUUCAGACAUUUUAUAGGGGUUUUUUUUGUGUAAAUUUUCUCUUUAAACCUAAUUUCCAAUCAUCCUUAAACCCUAUAUUUGAGUGUUCGUCCAUGAAACCGACAGUAUUCCUGUGAUGAGGCUGUGUGUUGGUGCUGGCACCGUUCACAAACUUUCCAUUAUUUCCACACUUCCGUCACAGCAGCUCCACUGGUUGGGAACCACUGGUUUAAACUUCACAGCUGCCGUAUUUUACACGACUCACAUGAAGCCAGAACCGUGACUGAUACUGCUUUAACAACAAUCUUCAGUUAUGCCACUUUGCUAAUUUUGUAGCCUCCUAUAAUGUCUAGCCCCAUCUAUAAUCAAUAAAAUAUGAAUACCCAU